UCAAAGUAAUCAAAGUGAAAAAAGUAUAUUAUACGGUAAAUAUUCCAUCGAAAAAAAAAACCUUUACGUUUGAUGACCUAUAUGUGUAAGAAAGAACAAACACGCUCUUUUGUUAGGAUAUGGGAAAUUAAAAAGUUCCCUCACAUUAUUUCGUUCUUUUUAAAAUCAAAAUUUUAUAGACUUAUUUAUUUUACCUCGCUCAUUUUCUUUCUUUUUUUUUUAAAAAAAAACCAAAAAAUAAAAACUUUUUAUCCUUUUAAAAUCUUAUUUAUUCUCAUCUCUAAUUAUCCUUUACACCUUAACUUUCACAUACUAGUCUUUGAAGGAACUUAUAAAUAUUUUUCCAAUUCUUUCAUAAAAAACUUCAUUUGCUAAAAAAUGUUGGAUAGUUUGGAGAGGUGUUUGUAUAUAUUAUACAUAUAUAAAAAAUUUUUGGUGGAUUCUUUUUUUUUCCUGAGGUUUGUCAAGUUUUUUUUAUUAUAUUAAUACUUCCCUUUGCCAUUUUUUUCGUUCAUAUUUGGCUUCGCCGUCCGUUGAGCGCGAAAUUAACCGAGAACAAGGAAAUUGAAACGAAACCCUAUAAUAUUAAUACUCUUUAAACAAAAAAAAAACCAACCAGAAAA